AUGAGGGCCACGCAUCAUCUGCUGGGAAAGGGCUUGCUUGGUCGGAGUAUGGAGGAGCUGCGACGACGCACACACAUAGCUUUGAAACUCGAAGCUGUCAAGGGACCGCUCGAUCCCCGCCCCUUGUACGAUUUCGACACUGCCCCCUCGGUGCAGGAUUGCAUAGUCAUGUCAGAUACCCUGAUCGGCGGCUCCUCAAAAAGCAAUCUCGACUUCAUAACGCCGGCCUCCAGCGGCAGCUCACAUAGCGUCGCGGCCUGUUCAUCCUCGCCCUCGGCAUACGCCCGUUUUCACGGACUCAUCUCCACGUCUCUCCCCGCAGACAGGCCCAAGAUCCAGCGCAGCGGCUAUGCUGCGUUUCGCACCCCCGACCAACGACCAACAUUGUUUGGCCGCUCCUUCUGGGACAUUGACCCGUACACAUACCUUGCCCUGCGCAUCAAGUCCGACGGUCGCUCGUACUUUGUCAACCUGCAAACCGAGGCUGUGGAUCCCUCCGACCUGCAUCAACAUAGGCUGUUUGCAAAAUAUCCCGGGCGGUGGGAGACGGUGAUGAUCAAGUGGAAUGACUUUGUGCGGACGAACCAUGGGUUCGUCGUGGAGCCGCAGACGGAACUGCUGAGGCAAAAGGUUCGAACCGUGGGCAUUGGAUUGACAGAUCGUGUCCAAGGCCCAUUUGAGCUGUGUAUAGCCAAGGUGUGGGCUACGAAUCAGGUCGCUGAGGGGGCAACAGUGGUGAACUCUGCGGAGAGUGAACUAAAGAAUAGAAAGGGGCAGAAAAUUCACUGGUGA